UCUUAAUUCAAUUGUUGUUGCAAAUUUGUUAGUGCUAUUAGGUUCUGCAUUUUGCAAAGGAUCCCAAAUUGAGAAAUCUGAUUAGACGAUAAUGGAUUCUCAGAUUAAGCACGCUGUUGUAGUGAAAGUGAUGGGAAGGACUGGAUCAAGGGGUCAAGUGACUCAGGUUAGAGUGAAGUUCACUGACUCGGACCGUUACAUCAUGAGGAAUGUCAAAGGACCUGUCAGAGAGGGAGAUAUUCUCACCCUGCUCGAGUCCGAGAGAGAAGCUAGAAGACUCCGUUGAAUUCUUUCUUUACUAUAUCGUUUGGAUAAUUGAAGUCUUAUUUUGAUGUUAAAAAUUUUAAUUAUCAAAGAUUGAUGCUUUAGACUCUUAUAUCUCAUAUUAGAAAUAAUUUCUUA